AUGGGAGAGAGAUCUUCUCCGGCCGUACGCACACCGGCCAAAACCCCGUCAACACUCAAGCGCCAACCAUCGUCAUCGGCCGGGACCCAAAAGACCAUUGUGCAGUUCUUCUCCAAGCCUGCCAGUGCCUCCUCUCGCUCCACCUCCAAGCCUGCGACUUCGGCCCCUGAUUCUUCUCCCUGCUUGAGAGAGUCGGCACGAACAAAUACUCUUCAUAGACCACCGCAGCCCUCGAGCACGACUCCUGUGCCGAGCAGCGAUGCCAUUGAGCCCGCGAGCUCACAGGAGAAUAUGGUCACUUCCGCUGUCAAGAUCACUUCGCAGGCUACCAAUUUGAGACCACCUCUUCCAUCCUCAAGUCCGACUCGAAAGUCCAGAAAGCCAAUCAACUAUGCCGAACCCUCCGACGAUGAGGACGACGAUCCUUUUGUUCGUCUUCGAGCAUCAGGCACCCGCCGCCGGACCAAGACGCCGGCUACCAUUGUUGACGACGGCGAUGACUAUGAGGACGCUGGGAGCAAUGGCCCAGUCGAUGAAGAUGAUGACAUGCUUGACUUCGUUGUUAGUGACGAGUCGGAUGCACCUUCGCAAUCGAAGAAGCGUAAGCGCCGCGAGCAGACAAAGACAACGCAGCCCCGGAAGAAAUCGAAUGUAUCUUCUCCAGCCAAGGAAGAGCAAUAUGAUGAUGACGACAUUGACGAAGCCAUGCUUGCUAUCCCAACUACCUCGACCGCUCAACAGUGGCGUUACGACCCAGACAGCGUGGCUCAGGCCGGAACCCGGACCGCUUCUAAGCCAACAGCCCGUCGUCAUACGACACUCAAAGGCAAAGAGAAGGCACAUCUGAAGGAGCCCGAGGACAGGUAUCCUUGGCUAGCCAAUAUCAUUGACAUCAACAAGAAGCCUCCAGGCGAUCCGGACUACGACCCCUCCACUGUAUAUAUACCUCCCAUGGCGUGGAACAAGUUCUCUCCUUUCGAGAAGCAGUAUUGGGAGAUCAAACAAAAGCUGUGGGACACCGUCGUCUUCUUCAAGAAGGGCAAGUUCUAUGAACUCUACGAGAAUGACGCCACAAUCGGUCAUCAGCUCUUUGACCUGAAGCUUACAGACCGUGUUAAUAUGCGCAUGGUUGGCGUCCCAGAGAGCUCUCUCGACAUGUGGGUCAAUCAGUUCGUCGCCAAAGGCUACAAAGUCGCCCGAGUUGAUCAGAUGGAGUCCGCUCUUGGCAAAGAAAUGAGAGAGAGGGACGACGCCUCGGCCAAGAACAAGAAAGUCGACAAAAUCAUCCGCCGAGAGCUGGCUUGCAUCUUGACCGGCGGUACCCUCGUUGAUGGAAGCAUGUUGCAGGACGAUCUGGCCACAUACUGUGCCUCUAUAAAGGAGUCGACCAUCGACGACAUGCCUGCGUUCGGCAUAACAUUUGUGGAUUGCGCGACUGGUCAAUUCUUCAUCUCAGAGUUUGAGGAUGAUGUUGAUCUGACCAAAUUCGAGACGUUUGUCGCCCAAAUCAGCCCGAGAGAGCUUAUCCUGGAAAAGUCCCGCAUUUCGACAAAGGCGCUUCGGAUACUCAAGAACAAUACAUCGCCCAUGACCAUUUGGAACUACCUCAAAUCAGGCAGUGAGUUCUGGGACGCCGAUACUACUCGCCGGGAGCUAGACAGCAGCGACUACUUUGUCACGGAAGAUGGCCCUGACGAGGCUUGGCCUGAGACGCUGGCCCAAGCCAGGGACAAGGAUCUGCUCAUGUCUGCAUUUGGUGCCUUGGUUCAAUACCUCAGAGUAUUGAAACUGGAGGGUGACCUGCUUUCGCAGGGUAACUUUGAGUGGUACACCCCCAUUCAGCGUAAUGGUACGCUUAUCCUCGACGGCCAGACUCUCAUCAACUUGGAGGUUUUCUCCAACACAGUGAACGGGGGGCCUGAAGGCACCCUCUUCACCCUUCUCAACCGUUGUGUCACCCCAUUCGGCAAACGGUUGUUUCGCCAGUGGGUAUGCCAUCCUCUAUGCGACAUCAAGAAGAUCAACGAGCGGCUGGAUGCCGUCGACAUGCUCAACUCCGACAGAGGCGUACGAGAGCAGUUCACCUCUCAAAUGACGAAGAUGCCGGACUUGGAGCGCCUCAUUUCCAGAAUACAUGCCGCUUCUUGCAAGCCGGAGGACUUCGUACGCGUCCUGGAGGGAUUUGAACAGAUCGAGUACACCAUGAGUCUUCUGGGUUCGUUUGGUGGCGGCAAUGGUCUUGUUGACCGGCUUCUCGCUUCCAUGCCCAAUCUUAGCGAACCUUUGUCCUACUGGAAGACGGCGUUCGAUCGGAAGAAGGCCAGGGACGAAAGAAUUUUUAUCCCUGAACGAAGCAUUGAGCAAGACUUUGACAACAGCCAAGAUCGCAUCGAAGAUAUCAAACAAGAGUUGCAGGCGCUUCUUGGGAAGAAGAAAUCGGAACUGAAGUGCAAGACACUGAAGUUCACCGACGUAGGCAAGGAAAUCUACCAGAUCGAAGCCCCAAAGGCCGUGAAGGUGCCAAGCAGCUGGCGUCAAAUGUCGGCAACUUCAAGUGUCAAGCGAUACUACUUCGAAGAGCUCACAGAACUGGUGCGCCAGCUGCAGGAGGCGGAGGAAACUCACUCCCAGAUCGUGAAGGAGGUUGCCGAGCGGUUCUUCCGGCGCUUUGAUGCAGACUAUGAGACGUGGUCGCAGUCGAUAAGGAUCAUUUCACAGCUUGACUGUCUUAUUAGUCUUGCAAAGGCGUCGUCCUCGCUGGGUGAGCCGAGCUGUCGGCCUCAAUUCAUCGACCAGGAACGCAGUGUUGUCGAGUUCGAGGAGCUGCGUCAUCCCUGCAUGCUGAAUGCUGUGGCUGAUUUCAUCCCUAACGAUGUCCAGCUUGGCGGCGGCUCUGCAAAGAUCAACCUUCUGACAGGUGCGAAUGCCGCCGGCAAGUCGACUGUAUUGCGAAUGUCCUGUAUCGCCGUCAUUAUGGCACAGAUUGGGUGCUACGUACCCGCAACUUCCGCCCUAUUGACACCUGUCGACCGAAUAAUGUCACGAUUAGGAGCCAACGACAACAUUUUCGCUUCUCAGUCGACCUUCUUUGUGGAGUUGUCGGAAACAAAGAAGAUCCUAUCAGAGGCCACGCCUCGGUCGUUGGUCAUCUUGGACGAGCUAGGGCGUGGAACCAGUUCCUACGAUGGUGUAGCGGUUGCGCAGGCAGUCUUGCAUCAUGUAGCGACACAUGUGGGCUGUGUGGGCUUCUUUGCGACUCACUACCAUUCACUCGCUGCAGAGUUUGAGAACCACCCCGAGAUUCGACCGCGCCGGAUGCAAAUCCACGUAGACGAGGAGCAACGUCGUGUGACGUUCCUCUAUAAGCUGGAAGAUGGUGUUGCCCAGGGCAGUUUCGGAAUGCACUGCGCAGCCAUGUGCGGCAUCUCCAGCCGUGUAAUUGAGCGUGCUGAGGUAGCAGCCAGGGAAUGGGAACAUACCAGCAGGCUUAAGGAGAGCUUGGAGAAGGCCAAAUCAGGUUGCUACAUUCCCCUUGGCGUUCUAAGCGACGUAUCGUCCCUGCUUAAAGGCGGCGAGGAUGUGGCAAAGCGCGGUGUCGAAGUUUUGCUCAGGACUGUUGAGGCACUUUAG